AUGUAUAAAUACAGUUUUUCAUCAAGCAGUACCACAAUGCCAGAUUCACUCACAGUUGGAGACUUGCAAAUAGAUGCGGAAAACAACGAAGAGACUCAAGGUAAAAACUUUGCAACAAAAUUCCUCAAGCAUGCAUUCACAAGAGUAGAUGGUAUUUUCUAUCUUAUAUUCUUUAUAAUAGGCGUAUCAUACACAGGCAUAUUAUUAUUCACUAAGCUUAUGGAGCAAAAUAAUACUCUAGCAAUACUAGGCACUGACAAAGUUGUAAAGGUAUUGAUAUGCACUCCAAUCAUACUUAUGGUACUGAAAAUCAUAUACCUGAUGCAAAAACAUCUGAGGGCAUUUGGAUUCAAACAGGCAUACACAGGAAAGUUCAUUGUGAUGUCAUCAUACUUUUUGACAUUGCUGGUGUUGCUAUUGCUAAUAUUAUCAGGAAAGCUCGAACUUUCCCAGAAAACAAUACCUAUAGGCAUAUCAGUUAUGACAUUUCUCAGCAUGGUUGUUUCAAACGAAUUUGUAGAAUUUAGGAAGAAAAAGGACAGAAAUUAUGUAGACUAUUUUAUUAUAGCUGGAGCCAUACUUAUAACUAUUGAUUAUAUUUUCAUGAUAGUAAAUAUAGCUGCAGGCCAUUAUUAUACAUAUGAAGUCAAUAAUAAGGUCAAAAGCAUUUAUAAUAUUUGCAAGGCAAUUCACAUGUUUACAAUAUUCGCAUUACUUGCAAUUCCACUGCUCCAAAAUUUCAUAUGCGAAGUAGAUGCACUUUUUGAAGAAACUACAGAUCAACAGUUCCAAAUACUCAAUAUUCUAUGCAUUAUGGCUCUUGUGUGUGGCACACUGGCUAUUAUCUUGAAGUCAAAAGAGAUAUUUGGUAAAGAUCCAACAGGCAAUUUAGCUAAAAAAAUUUACGAUGCAUUUGCCAACAGAAAAGCGGCUAAGUCUGUUUGA